UAUAAAUGAAUUCUAGAGACCCUCCUAGUAAAAUAUUGUUAUUGAUCAUAACUUACUUACCUUAAUCAUUCCCACUAACAAAUGAUUUUUUAUUUGAGACUUUUAAGUAGUAUGGAGAAGUCAAAAAAAUUUUAAUUUUCGAAAGAGGAAAGACUAACAAAGCAUUUGUAGAAUACCAUGAAGUUAAACAAGCUAUUUUAGCAAGACGUAAUAUGAUAGGAAAAUCGCUCACUCCUUAAGGAGGCAGGUAACACUUUCAGUUAUAUUUUUACAAGAUUAUUGAUUCAUUAUUCUCGUUUGAAAUAGCUAGACUUAGAAGUGGUUGAUCACACAAGAGGUUCUGAGUAUCAUUCUGAUGAUGAAGAAACAUUACCAGAAUAGAAGUCUGCAUUGAAAUCGAUGACGCUACCUAAUUCAAUUCCAGUUUCCCCUCCUUUAAUCAAGCCUCAAUCUAUUGAAUAAAAGCCGAAUAAUGGAAAUCAAUUCAAUGGCAUACAAAAUAUUACCGAAGAAUCCCCUACAAAAGCAAUGUAAAAAUUUUGAGUAUAUUUUCUAGAAUGGAAACUUAAUUAAGACAAUUGGAGAGAAUAUUAGAUGAUGACUAUGAAUAAGAAGUAGCUAAAAUUUAAUUAACUUAAUUGGAUUCCAAUGAAAUGGCUAUUUAAGAAUUAUUAAAUUAAUAACCAUCUAAAUUUUUAAAGGUUUCCAAUUUAGAUGAAAGAGUCACUCCUAGAAUGCUUUACAAUCUAUUUAAUAGAUUUGGACAUUUGGAAGCUUUAUUGUUAAAAAAAAAUAUUCGUUAAUCAAUUCUAUAAUUUGUAAAUAAAGAGAAUGCAAUCAUAGCAAAAGAAUUACUCAAUAAUGUUAUCUUUUUUGGAAAUGAGGUUACUAUAUUAUUUUAUUAUUUUAGUUGAGAAUCAUAUUCUAGAAUGCUUAUAAUGCACUCUUAUAACCCAACAAUGCAUAUGAAGAAUAUUACCAAGGAAGUCAAACUAAAUUUAAAAUUGUUCCUUUAUCUAGAGUACUCUAAUUUUCUGGUAUAUCUUAAUUAUUAGAAAUCUAAGAUAUGGUUAAAUUAGUAGGAAAGAUUCAAGGUAAUUUUAUUUUUAUAUCCAGAAAUCAAACUUGAUACUUAAUAUAUUUAAAUAACUAUGGUAGAUAUUUAUGAAGCAUUGAAAGUGAUUUCAGUCUUUUCUGAGUAUGAUUACAAAGGAAAUAAAAUUAGUUUGACUUUAAAAUGA